AGCUCUCCUUUGACUGAACGGACACUACGUACAAAUGUUCGCUUAGUAGUAAUGGUGAAUUUGAUCCGCGCACACAUUCGUGCUUUUUAACGGUUGGUGGCGGUGUGUCAGAAAUGGUGAGCUUUUCACCUGAAACAGAGAAGAAGACGGCCACAGGAAGUGGACGGAUGGGCCGUUUUCCUUAAACAUCCAUGGGAGGGACUUGCAGCAGUUACUGCAAUAUGUGCAGUUUUAAUAUAAGAUAUUAAGCCAUAAACAUAUACAUUAUCUGGCCUUUAUAAUAGUAUGAUAACCAGCUGAUUUUUAAGUGCUUGCUUAAAGAAAUGCCGUUGUUAAUUCAAAAUAGAGGACUUGACCGCAUUACCUCGACAGGGGAACUGUUCGACAAACAUCCACAUUUACAGGAAAAUGCAAGAACAUUUCGCUCCAUGCCACUUGUUGAUGUCGACCCAAAGUGCCUCUUGUAUGUCCAACAAAGAGAGUUUGCUGCAACAACACCAGCAGACAACUCUGUUUCAGUAAUUGGAUCUGGUGAUGCCACCACCUGCCAUUUGGUUGUGCUGCGACACACCGGAAGUGGAGCUGUUUGCCUUGCUCACUGCGAUGGUUCCUGCACCUGGUCUGAAGUCCCGCUCAUUGUGAAAGCUGUGACAUCACUGAGUAACGUCAGUAAGGAGGGCAGACUGGAGCUCCAUCUUUUCGGGGGAUUUUGCGACGAGUCAAAAACCUCCCAUAAACUCAGCCUUAACAUACUGGCAGCGUUCCAGAAACAGAAAGAAGAUGUUCAUCUGGAAACAUGUUGCAUCACAGAAAUGAAUGACAUUGUUGUUGAUGGAAAUCAUAGUCCUGUAGUAUAUGGAGUAGGUGUAAAUGUUAAGACGGGGGAUGUGUUCCCUUCGUCAUUCACUCAUAAAGGCCCUGCAGAGGAGCUGCGGUCAGCAAGGACCUUCACUGGAGGACAGAUGGCAGAUAUAUACGACUCAAGUCGAGGGCUUGUUAAAAUCGGCCCUUGCAAUUGGUCUCCAAAUCUGGAUAUUGGCUUCUGGUUGUCACAAGAUGAUGACACAAUUUUAAAGUACCUGUCCACCUCUCCGAUGGCUGAGCCUCCACACUUCGUCCAGCACAUGAAGACCACCAUCCAGUUCCUUCUAGAACACCCCAGCUCUGAUAGCUUGUUCCCCGGAGGUCAGCCACAGCUCUACCACAGGACUGAGAGGGGGGACUGGGAGAGGGCUGUCCAGUCAUAGAGCCCUUCUCCUUUCUCUCAUUGGACUUUUACAUGGAACCUGACUGUUUUUGCCUCUCAGCUCAAUGGAAACACUGUGGUCCAUCUACUCGCUGUCUGCUUUUUGUUCAUCGUGUCUUAACGUGGAGGUAGCCCCCGGCUGGAACCAAACUGUAUGUAUGGUGAAUGGCUCUCCUGGCUCAUCUGGCUGGUCCAGUAGAGAGAGCAGAGGAGGUACAAGUGAUGCUGUUCAUGCCUGUAACAGUUCAUUUUUCCGCUCUAUAACAUCUGCUGUGUCGCAGUAAGUCAACAUUAAUGUCCUACUAUGCUUGGCUGUUUGGAUUAUCGAAGGAAAUAAAUAACAUUGUUGUCUUAUGAUCCGUUUAUAAACCUUACUUAUCCUUUUGUAGCCCAAAUACUACGGUUGCAUUUUUUCCAAAGCAUUUAUUUUCCCUAUUCAUUUCCUACCUUGUAUUCAUCCAUUGUUCAGGUUACAGUCAAUCGACUUGUAGAAUUCAAACUUCAUUCAAUUGCCUUUAUAUUUUUCAGUUGGUUAAUGUUUUCAGUCACUGGGUUAGUUUUGAGUCUUAACAAACCAAUCCAUUUCUGGGAGGAAUUCAAUCAAUCUAAAACUAAACUUAUAUAUGCUUUGGAAAUGUAUGCACGGGCGAAAAAUGUAAAACCACAUGUAUGAUCUAAAGCCUGACCUACUGUAAUAAUUACAGGUGGGGAACUUGCUCCAACAACAUUGACGAAUAUGUUUAUCUUGGCGCUUUGUUUAAAACAUUGAAGAGUAUAAUAAUAAUUACUACGCUCUGCAUUGUGGAAGAGUUGAGCAAAGUUAAUUUUUCUCUACAAAUGCACCUUCCAGAUGAGAAUGGAAUAUGAUAUUUCAUCACAUACUCUACAUACUGCUGUAUACUUGCCCAUGAAUCUGUAUGUUUUAGGAACCUGCAUGAGUAAAUGUGUAUAGUAAUCUGCAAGGGAUAAUAUCAAUUCUUGUCAAACGCAACACAAUAUGAGUUUACUAGAUUUAGUCUUUUUUUGAAAUUGUUCAUAUGAAAACAACACCAUAUACUGUAUAAGGCCUUUUCAUCAGUUGUGUUAUCCAGACGGUUGCAAGGUGCUUAAAGCAUUCAAUGCAACCAGUUGCAACUUGUGAACACACUGUAUCUGUUACUAAAUAAAUGUAAACUGUCAAAUUGUG